GAUAAGGUGAGAAUCGCUCGGGUUCGUAACGACCACAACGGUUAGCACCACCCGCCUGCCACGCCACAACACCCUUCAAUUGCUCACUCUUACAGGCGGUCGCUGUGCCCUUGUCGAGUUUCAUCGUCGAUCGGACGCCGAAUACUUCUAUGACCGAUACUACCCCGACGUCUCCUUCCCCCUGGAACAUUCCCGCGGCAUCGAUUCUGAGCCCAUCACAGCGGGAGUCACCAUUCCAGACAACGGCGACGAUAUGGACUCGGCGCGUGACUCACGCAGGGACGACGACGGUUGGCAAUGCGUCAAGUGUGGCAUUGUCAACUACCCCCACCGAGCUCUCUGUUUCAAAUGCAAAACCGAACGACCUGAAGAUGAUUAUGGCGAUUCCGGUCCCGUCUUAACCGGUGAAACGGACGAGUGCCCGCAGCAGACUCCGUCUCAAUAUGUCGUCGUCCGGGACCUGGAAGGAUCCGUUACCGAGGAGGUUCUCGCCAAAGGUGUCAUGAAGCUGUUUGUCGAAAAUUCGGAGCCCGCAAAAGAAGCCCCCAGCUGCACCAAUAAGCUCAAAUCGACAGCUCCCACAAACAGCACGGCUGGCCUCGGGGCGAAGCCUGGCUCGCUUCGUCGCGUUUUCCUAAUGCGUGACCGCAAGACGAACCAGUCCUGGAGGUACGGGUUCGCCGAGUUUGCGACUGUCGAAGACGCCAUAGCCGCCGUUGCGAAGUUCCGGGCGUCUCCGAGAUUUACGAUUGCUUCCAAACCCGUCGUGGUAGCUUUCAUCCAUACUGGCGUCUUCAUUCCUGCCUUUGACACUCCGGCAACCGAGAAUCCGGAGUACUCGUUCACUCCCAUCUACAAUCCGGCCGUGCGCGUCAAGUACUGGGAUGAACGGGUUUACCCCAGCGUCCGCGUCGUAUCGACCGACCCGCUCCCGAGCGCGCCGGCCCCCGACCGCACUGCCGGCAGCGACGACGGCACCAAGUCUCGGCCUUCAAAGAAAGUGAAAACCGCCAAGGAGUCAGCCCCCGUCGCCAAGGUAUCCAUGAUACCUCAGGUGCAGCUGUGGGCCAAGGCGUCGGCCCAGCUGCACGGCUCCAAACCGGUCACCGACGCUGCGUCGCCCUCCUCCCGAGAGCUCGAAGAGGUCAAGCUGGCUGUGACCCGUGGUGCUUCCGGCGAGGCCGAGGAAACUCAGCAAGACGGGCCGGUUACCCCGCAAUGGGCUGAUCGGUAUCUCUCCUAUGCCGACUGGGACGCCCUGGCCUGUCUUGCUUGCGGCUGGGAGCCGCCCACCCAGGCGGAGAUUGAUGAGCGCGGCUGGCCCCAGACCAGGGCCGACCUCCUCAUAGAACAUGAGGGGCGCGCCCACCAAUUCUUUCGUGACGAGCAGGCCAAGGAAAAAGCCGCGGCGGCUCUUGCCGCUCUGGGUAGGGAGCCUCGCCAGGUUCUUCGCCGCACCCCGCGUCUCAGGUCUGAGCGCCUGCCCGUCUACAAGUCCUACGCUGACCUCGAUCGUUUGCGCUGCGUCCUCUGCAAACGCAUAUUCAAGGAGGCCAGGCUGGUCUGGCUGCACGAGCAGCAGAGCGAGUUACACAAGCGCAUGCUAGCCGACCCGCAGAAUCGGGCGCGCGCAGCGGACGAGUUCAAGCGGAUGGGCAAGAAGAUGUGCAUCGUCGAACCUGACGCCGAGUUCAAGCGGCUUUGGGAACUGCAGCGCGCUCGCUUCGCGCAGCCGCAGUACCGCGAUCGGGCGCUCGAGCGACGGAGGGCGUUUGGCCAGCCGAAGCAACCCGUGGCCGUGCCGUCAACCGCCGCCGCCUCCGUUCCGGAGAAACGCAAGGAGCCCGCCGCCGCAACGGCGGACAGCGACGCCAAAGACCAACAGCCCGCUGCCAAGAAGUCCAAGGGCGCCGGCAUGCUCGCCAAGAUGGGCUGGACCGAGGGCGCAGGGCUCGGCGCCGAGGGUGCCGGCAGGACCGAGGCCAUCUCGACCGAGGUGUAUGCCCCUGGCGUGGGCCUGGGCGCCGAGGGUGGUAAGCUGGGCGAUGCGAGCGAGGAGGCAGCGAGGAAGACGCGGGGCGAUUUUGCAUCAUUUGUGCAAAAGACAAAGGAGAGGGCCAGGGAGCGGUUCGAGAAGAUGUGAUGUUCUCUCGUUACUGCCCCCCCCUCUCUCUCUCUCUCUCUCUCUCCCCCUCUCUCUCUCUCCCCCUCUCUCUCUCUCCCCCUCUCUCUCUCUCCCCCUCUCUCUCUCUCCCCCCCUCUCUCUCCCCCCCCCCCCCCCCGCGAUACCAUGUAUUACUAAACCCUCCUCGACAGGGGGAAAAGCGACGCCAAUCGCAGAGCUCACCUGCACACGUGCUCCGCGACGAGCUCUGCCGGUAUGUAUGGCGGCUGGGUCACAUCGUCGUCAGAUGCAGAUUGAAGCUGUCGACAUGUCUCAACCUAAACUCUCCCCCCCCCCCCCCCCC